AGGCCAGCACGAGCAACAGUGACCUCAAGAUUUCUGAAUCCAUAUGUGGUGUUCUUUGCUGUUGUCGCAGUGGUGAUAAUCCUGGCAGUGACAGUAGCUCUACUGAUCCACUUUUUAGCUUUUGAUAAAAAAUCUUACUUUUACCAUAGCAGCUUUCAAAUCCUAAAUGUUAACUAUACUGAUCAGUUAAAUUCACCAGGUACACAGCAAUAUAGGACUUUGAGUGGAAGAAUUGAAUCUGUGAUUACUACAACAUUCAAAGAAUCGAAUUUAAGAAAUCAGUUCAUCAGAGCUCAUGUUAUCAAACUGAGGCAAAGUGGCAGUGGUGUGAUAGCAGAUACUGUUAUGAAAUUUAAAUUCCCUAGAAAUAACAAUGGAGAAUCAAUGAAAAGCAGAAUUGAGUCUGUUUUACGUCAAAUGCUGAAUAAUUUUGGAAACUUGGAAAUUAACCUUCCGACUGAGAUAAUAACACUUACUGACCAAGAUGCAGUAAAUCUGUUCACGCAAGAAUGUGGGGCCCGUCCAGACCUAAUGACAUUGUCUGAAGAAAGAGUCAUCGGAGGCACCAAGGCCGAGGAAGGAGACUGGCCAUGGCAAGUUAGUCUACGGUUGAACAACGUUCACCACUGUGGAGGCAUCCUGAUCAGUAACAUAUGGGUUCUGACAGCAGCUCACUGCUUCAGAAGCAACUCUGAUCCUAAUAGAUGGACUGCUACCUUUGGUAUUUCCACAAUAUUUCCUCAGGAGAGAAGAAGAGUAAAUACUAUUUUGAUCCAUAACAAUUAUAACCCUGGAACUCAUGAAAAUGAUAUUGCAGUUGUGAGACUUGACAGACCUAUCACCUUUAACAAAAAUAUCCAUAUGGUAUGUCUCCCAGAAGCUACCCAGAAUAUUCUACCUGGUUCCACUGCUUAUGUAACAGGAUGGGGGUCAGAAACAUAUGGCGGCAACACAGUUAGUGACCUAGAGCAAGGACGGGUCUACAUAAUAAGUAAUGAUGUAUGUAAUGCACCAAUCAGUUAUGAUGGAGCAGUGUUUCCUGGAAUGCUCUGUGCUGGAUUACCUCAAGGUGGAGUGGAUGCAUGCCGGGGUGACUCUGGUGGCCCGCUAGUACAAGAGGACUCACGGCGGCUCUGGUUCCUCGUGGGGAUAGUGAGCUGGGGGGAUCAAUGUGGUCUGGCAGAUAAACCAGGAGUGUACACUCGAGUGACAGCCUACCGCCACUGGAUAACCCAACAAACUGGGGUCUAG